AUAAAUCAGAAUAAUCACUACAUUACAUUGAAUCAAAUAAUUUCAUAUACAUUACGAAUUAUUUUUCUCUGAACAAAAUUUGAGAUGAGUAGUGGCGGAGGAGCUGCAAAACCCAAAGAGGAGGAACAAGAUGGCAUGUCUGUUCACUCUCCCUGCAAACCUCCUCCUUCCUCUGCUUCCUCUCUCCCCAAGGAACAAGCGCAAGUUGAAUUGGAGCUGAGACUGUUGGAAGCUCUUGAAAUUUAUCCUCCGAUCAAACUUCAAGGAAUACAUCGCCACUUUGUCCUUUAUGGUCUGAUGGAAUUUCUAAGAAAGAGUUUUGACAGACACUUCUCUUCUGAGGAGGUUCUUCAAUUGCUCGAUCGGUUCUACAACUUAGAAAUGAUGAAAACAGAUGAUGAAGAGAUCGAAAUGCUUAACCAUGAGGAAGAUUUCAGCUUGCCCCAGAGCUACUUUGUCAAGGAAGAAUCAUGAGCAACAACUCUCGGGGUAUAUAUAUUUUCAUUUGAAUCACUCUCUACCCUCAUUUUAGGUUAGAUCAUGUUUCAAUGGUGUUUUGUUUUUAUCGAUUAUCUGUAACAUUGCGGUGGUUCUUAUCACUUCCAAUAAUUGUGUCCUGAGUAUAAUACCCUCAGUUUGGGCUGCUUAAAAUUGUGUUUGACUGCAGUGAUUUGGGUAUAAUGCAUUAAGACUUCGGGGUAUAUUAUUAUCUAAUAAAAAAACAGAUUAUAUUGGAAUUCCAAAUU